AAACGCUUACAAAUAUGAGGUGGUUGCUGUGUAAGGGUGCUGCAAUUUUAUUUGGUGUUGUAAACAAUUGCUUCGUGCUGAAGUGACGUGUUGGUCAACAACAUAGAACGAACCGUAAUACCAUAUUGAUGAAUUAUAAAAAAUAAACAGUUUUAAACGAGUAUGUCUGCCUUGCAGAUGUGGAAGUGUUUGAAAGUACUUUUUCUCGUGCUGUUGUGUUUAAAUUCGUCUGCAUCAGAAUCCAAAGGGGAGAGCGGAUCAGUCGAUUGGAAAAAAACAAAAAUAUGGGGACCAGGACUAAAAGCUGAAUUUGUUGUGCCAGCUAGGUACUUCUUUGUCCAGCUUAUAGACAACGAAGGUAACAACUUCACCAAGUCUGCAGGUGAAAGACCUUUUGAUGUCCAUCUUAAGAAUCAAGAUGGCGGCCGAGUGCGCGUUUACCUGCGGGUACUCGACAGAACAGACGGCAUGUAUUUGGUGAACUACAGGAUCUACGAGACGUUGGCUGAUCUUGAAAUUAGCCUCACCAAGGAUAACAUCCACAUUGGGGAUUCGCCGUUUCAAUUGAAAGGGUUUGUAGCACAUGAGAACUGUAACUGCCCUGAGCCCAGACUGUCUACUUGGUACAAACACAUGUCCUGCCCAGCGUCCUACCGGCAAAUCAAGAACGACCUGGCCAUAUUUAAAGACGUAGAUCUCGAGUCCACCGCACGGGAAACCAUCCAGCGAUUCAACAUCUCCACGGCUCACAGUCUGUCUCGAUACAAGAUAAUCAAUAAUAAGAUCUACCGGAAAACAUAUGGGGAGCAUGUUGGCUUUAAAAUGUUCAGUGAUUCCAUAUUAUUGUCAUUGACCAGAAAGGUAGUUCUACCAGAUAUUGAGUUGUUUAUCAACCUGGGAGACUGGCCCCUGGAGAAGAAGACAGUGGCAGACAACCCUGUUCCAAUCUUCUCGUGGUGUGGCUCAGACACCAGUCGGGAUAUUGUCAUGCCUACGUAUGACCUGACCGAGGCAUCUCUGGAACUGCUGGGCAGACAGAGUCUUGACAUAUACCACGUGAUGGGCAAGAGCCCGUUACCAUGGGAACAGAAGACAGAGAAGGGGUUCUGGAGAGGAAGGGACAGUCGUCAGGAGCGACUCGACCUGGUUGUCAUGUCAAGGGCACACCCUGAUCUACUUGAUGCAAAGAUGACCCGAAUGUUCUUCUUCAAGCACGACCAGGAGAAAUAUGGGGAUCUUGUGCAGAACAUUCCAUUCUUCGAUUUCUUUAAGUACAAGUACCAGGUGACCUUGGAUGGUACCGUGGCUGCCUACCGGUUCCCCUAUCUACUGGCGGGUGACGGGGUGGUCCUCAAGCAGGACUCCUCCUACUACGAGCACUUCUACAAGGACCUUCAACCCUAUGUGCACUACAUACCCUUCAAGCAUGACCUUUCUGACCUUCUCCAACAGAUACAGUGGGCCAGGGAAAAUGAUGACAAGGCACGUGAAAUUAGCAAAAAUGCUCAGGAUUUUGCUUUUCAUAGACUGCAUCCAGGCGAAAUAUUCUGCUACCAUGUGAAACUUUUUGAGGAAUAUGCCAAGCGACUGAAAUCCCCGCCGUCGGCGCCAGAUGAUACGUGGGAGGCCGUGGAACAGCCGAAGGGACAGGACAGCGAUUGUGCGUGUGAGAAAUUACGCAAGAAAUCCAGACAUGCUCAUGUGGACGACGAGUUGUGAGAGAUACCUCUCAAGGGACAGACACCAGUCAUUUUGUGUAAAAUAUAUAUGGGCCGUGCUCUGUGAAAAGAGGAUAUAAUGCAUGUGCGUGAAGUGCCAUCCCAGAUUAGCCUGUGCAGUCCGCAUAGCUAAUCAGGGACGAAACUUUACAUAUGUAUGGUAUUUUUCCUUUACAGAAAGUCUCUUCUUAGCAAAAAUCCAGUUUAGGCAGACUGCACAGGCUAAUCUGGGAUGACACUUAACGCACAUGCAUUAAACCACUUUUUCACCGAGCAUAGCCCAUAUAUAUAUAAUGUAUUGCUCUCAUUGAAAUAUAAAUCUUAAAAAAAUAAUUGUGACACAUAUUUUACUUGCAAAAUAUUUGUAAGACAUUAAGGGAUAUAAAGGUCAUUGUCUGUCAGAAGACCAGAAUUCCUUUUAAAAUGCGUUGAAAUAUUCUCUAGUGACAGAGGUUUAAACACUUUUUUAUUAGGUGUAAUUAUUUCAUUCUUCACCCAGGACCUUGUAGAUUUUUGUUUGUUGCAAGUACACAUUUGAUGUGAGUUAGAAAUGUUAUUUAAGGGGUGCAGGUAUUCAAGCUAUAUUUUUGAACCACAAGACAUUAAUUAUUGCUUUCUUAGAGUUUUGUCAAGGAAUUCAUAUGCAUAUAGUUCAUUGUACAUUGUAUAUGAUGUUGAGACCAAAAUGUCUUACCUCACAAAAUCUGUAUUUCAAAACUGUUUCAUGUUAUUGUAUUAUCUUGUUUCGUAUUUAUUUAGUUUCUUUUUGCAGUCGUUAUUUAUGUACAAUUUGAUACAUUGAUUUACAUACAUACUCACGGUGCUGGAAAUCUGCUCAAUGUUAAUAUUUCUGGGUCUUUGCUUUCUAUUACAAAGACUUGUCAUAUUCUAUGCAUACAAGUAUAUGGAAGUUUUUUUUUAUUGGCCACAGAUAAUUGAAGUUAAGCUAACUAGUGGAGCUAAUAUUGAAAAAAAAACAUUAUAGUUUUACAUUGAAAAAAAAAGACCCAGUUAUGUACAUUUUGUUCACUAAUAUUAACAAAAUUAUAACAUUUUCCCAUAUUAACAGAUGGUACAAUUAAAAAAAAUACAGGUUGUGAAAAUCAGAAACACUAUGAACACAAUUUUUGUGGAAAAUUUAAAUUGUUUAGGUUGUUAAUUUGUUUUGGAAUGUUGUUUUUUUUAAAUUAUUUACUAAACAGUAACUAGCACACAUGGUGUUAUAUUCCUCAACAACAUGCAACCAAUCCAAAAAGCUAAGUAUCUUUCUAGGCAAUAUUUUUCUUUUAGAACAUUAUGACAUAUGUCUUAUAGCAAUGAAUCCUUGCCUAACUAAAUUUCAGGACUUUAGUGGAACUGUUAUGAAAAGUAUCCGAUAUAAUACCAGUACCUAGGAUUCCCAUACUACCUUAAAGAAUAUUACUUGCUUUGAGCCACGAAAAGUUAGGAAUUUUGUUCUUUCUUUUGAAGUAACAUAAAUUGUAAAGGGAUUUCCAUUUUUAUAUGCCUGUCUCGUGAUGGGACAUAUUAUUGUCAGAAGGCCUAGCGUUUGGGCAUGGAGCUAUCCUUCAAGUUUUACAGUUUUAAAGAAUCUUUACCAAACUCUGCAAAUGUCAUGUCAUGUUGACAUUUAAUGAAGGCUAAGUUCAAUGACCACCCACUUAGGAUUUAUUGCGCAUCAUUUGUACACAAAUUAGGAAAUUUUCCGUUUCAGCUCUCCAAAUGUGCAGUUUUCAUAAAAACAUCACCUUACUUUGUGGAAAGGUUUGCUGACAAUAAAUGCUGCCAAGUUUAAUAGCCAGCAAAAUCCCAUUUGGCACUGCAGAGUAAUUGCCCUUUGUUUGUUCAAAGAAAGCUUAAUUCACUCUUUCACUUUUCACUGAAUCUUCACCAAGCUUUCCAUAUACAUGUUUGUUUCAAUAAAGUGUUUGUUAAUUUCAAUAACUUGCCACAAAAAUAUGGCAUGCCUUGAGGUUAUUUCAUUUUUUUCAAUGUUUGUAUAUACAUGUAUCUGUUCUGGUUUAAUUAUGCAUACAUAGUUGUUAAUGCCAUUAAUUAAUAAGUUUUUCUUUUCUUAAGUACUUUUUUGAUUGGGUGGCUUUAAAUUAGAAUACCUCAAUUAAAUUUUGUCCCUUUUGUUGUCUAUUUAUUACCUGAUUUUGAAGAGCAUCUUGUAAAUACAUGUAUUGAAUAGUUACAAAUAUAUUUACACUGUGCGCUUGUUUUGCAAUUAUUAUAUUAUAUGAAAAUUGAAUUAUUUAACUGUAUGAAGGUUUUGUUUGACAUUUUUUAUAUUUAUAUCUACAUAUUGUAUACCAAUAUACAAUUCUAGUCUUCUUGUGGUCACAUAAGCUAUCUCUGUGUUAACUGGGCACCUAGUUAAUUAUUUUUGUACUAACAAGUGUUAUAUAGCUGGGAUACCUUUUAUGCCCCCUAAAUGGACGCAUGAAGUUAUCAUACUGUCUUUCCUACCCCCUAGAUCUGUAAAAUGUAUUUAAAUGAAAAUUCAAAUCUGAAGAAAGGACAUUAAGAUUAAGUGUUUAUUUUCAGCUCACCUGAGCACGUGCUCAUGGUGAGCUUUUGUGAUCGCCUUUUGUACGUCUUGCGUCGUGCACCGUCAACAUUUGCCUUGUGAACACUCUAGAGGCCACAUUUAUUGUCUGAUCUUCAUGAAAUUUGGUCAGAAUAUUUGUCCCAUUGAUACCUCGACUGAGUUCGAAACUGGGUCAUGCUGGGUCAAAAACUAGGUCACUAGAUAAAAAAAAAGAAAAACCUUGUGAACACUGUAGAAGUCACAUUUGAUGCCCAAUCUUCAUGUAACUUUGUCGAAAUGUUUGUCUAAAUGAUAUGUUGGUUGAGAUCAAAAAUGGUUCCGAUCCGUUGAAAAACAUGGCCGCCAGGGGGCGGGGCUGUAUUCCUUAUAUGGCUGUAGAAAAACGUUGAGAACACUAGAAGUCACAAUUUUUGCCAAAUCAUCAUGAAACUUGGUCAAACAUUGGUUUUUAUUGAUAUCUCGGACGAGUUCAAAACUGGUCCAGAUCGGUGAAAAAAAUGGCCGCCAGGGGGGGCGGGGCAGUUUUCCUUAUAUGGCUAUAGUAAAACCUUGUUAACACUCUAGAGGCCACAUUUAUUGUCCAAUCUUCAUGAAAUUUGGUCAGAAGAUUGGUCUGUAUGAUAUCUUGGAUGAGUUCGAAAAUGGUUACGUUUGCUUGAAAAACAUGGCUGCCAAGGGGCGGGGCAUUUUUCCUUAAAUGGAUAUAUAUGGCUAUCGUAAAACCUUGUGAACACUCUAGAGGCCACAUUUAUUAUUCAAUCUUCAUGAAAUUUGGUCAGAAAAUUGGUCUCAAUGAUAUCUUGGAUGAGUUCGAAAAUGGUUACGUUUGCUUGAAAAACAUGGCUGCCAAGGGGCGGGGCAUUUUUCCUUAUAUGGCUAUAUAUGGCUAUAGUAAAAUCUUGUUAACAUUCUAGAGGCCACAUUUAUUGUCCAAUCUUUAUGAAACUUGGUCAGAAGAUUCAUCCUAAUAAUAUCUUGGACAAGUUAAAAAAUGAUGCCGGUUGGUUGAAAAACAUGGCCGCCAGGGGGCGGGGCAUUUUUCCUUAUAUGGCUAUAGUAAAACCUUGUUAACACUCUAGAGGCCACAUUUAUUUUCCGAUCUUCAUGAAACUUGGUCAAAAGAUUUGUCAUUAUGAUAUCAUGGAUGAGUUCGAAAAUGGUUUUAGUUGCUUAAAAAACAUGGCCACCAGGGGGCGGGGCAUUUUUCCUAAUAUGGCUAUAUAUCAUGCUUUUGUAAAACCUUGUUAACACUCUAGAGGCCACAUUUAUUGUCCGAUCAUCAUGAAACUUGGUCAGAUGAUUUGUCCCAAUGAUAUCUUGGAUGAGUUCGAAAAUGAAUCCGGUUGUUGGAAAAACAUGGCUGCCAAGGGGGCGUGGCAUUUUUCCUUAUAUAUCUAUAGUUAAACCUUGUUAACACUCUAGAAGCCAUAUUUAUUGUAUGAUCAUCAUGAAACUUUGUCAGAAGAUUUGUCCCAAUGAUAUUUUUGACAAGUUCGAAAAUGGUUCCAGUUGCUUGAAAAACAUGGCCGUAAGUGGGCGGGGCAAUUUUCCUUAUAUGGACUUAUGAAUCUUCAUGAAACUUUGUCAGUAUACUUGUUUAAAUGAUAUCUUGGAUGUGUAUGAAAAUGGUUCUGGUCUGUUGAAAAACGUGGAUGCCAGGGUGUUCACUAGUCAUGAAAGUUGGUAAGAAUUUUUUUUAUCUAAUGACAUCUUGGGCUGCACAGAAUAGGUCAGUUCCUUUGAAUCUCAGGUGAGCGACUUUGGGCCUUUCAGGCACUCUUGUUUCAAUUUAUAAAUUUGUUUUUCCCAACUUUUAAGGUCAAUAUCAUACGUGUUGGUCAAAAAGCAUUAAAUCAGGGGCAUUUGACACUUACAGUGACAGCACUUGCUGAAAUUUUAUUUACUGAAAAGUACCAUGUUUUUCUCUUUUCAGUUUCAUUACUUAUAGAAAAAAACACACUGAAUGACUGUAUACCUUAAAAAAUAUAGUGACGUAUUUUUGCACAUAGUUAUCAAUAAAAAAAACAACGAAAAAUAUCAUAAAAGCGGAAAGUGCCAUCCCUGAUAAGCCUGUGGGGUCUGCUUAGGCUAGUCUGGCACGACACUUUACGCACAUGCAUUAAACCCCCUUUUCACAAAGCACAGCCAAAAUAUUUUACAAGCAUAUCCCCUAAUAUGCCAUCUUGACUUGACCCACGGUGCCUUAAGAACUGUGCAAGUCACACAAUGCAUGCUGCUUCAAGUAAUUAACUAAAUAUAUGCAUUUGUCUCAUAUGUGUAAUUGAUUAAGAAAAUAAAGGUUGUGUACAUAAA